GUUUUGGUUCUGGGCUUGCAGGGGGUCUUUGGGGGGAAAAGGGAGCAAAUAUUUAUUUUUUCUAAAGCACAGAGUUGUCUGUUUUUAAAGCACGGAGUUUUAAAGUACCUAUAAUUCUGCCAUUCCCCUAGCUCUUGUGCCUGUCUCUAGGGAGAACCAUCAAAAGAUCAGUGGCUGCUUACGAUAGGGUCUCGAGAGUCACAACUUAGAAGCGUUAGCAGAGUAUGUUAAUUAGAAAGGUCUCGUGGAACAAGCAUUCUGGAUUUUCUGAAGUUGUAAAAUAGUAAAAUACAAAUAUCUGCAAAUUAUUUUCUCACUUUUUAGGAACUGGUAAAAAGUAUUCGUUUCUCUAUAGGGAGCAAAAUGCUAUUUGCAUGGAUUGUGCCUGCAGCAAUUUGGUUGUUGGUGCACUUCACAGCAGAAGCAUGCAGCAAUGGGAACGUCACUGCCGGCAAACUUCUCCGUGGUGCUGCAGAAAUAUGUGACAAAGGGAAUAUGACUGCUAACACUGCUUCUCACGUCCAGCCUGGAACCAGUAUCAUGCUCUCAUGCCAGCUGAAACCCCUGGAAUACACUAAGCAGUGCAGGAUAGCUAUUUUCUUUAACAGCUCUAAACUAAUUAGCAAUUACAGCAGUUCAGUAAGCACCAAGUUUCAAGUCCGUACCUAUGGCAAACACAUGUUUACGUGCAAAAUAGUUUGUGAAUACAAGAAAAAACUCAUUUGUGGAAUUGAUAUAGAAUCUGGAAAUCCUCCAGAUGAGCCAAGAAAUGUGUCAUGUAUCCAAUAUGGGACAGAUGGCCAUCCCACCUGCACCUGGGAUAAAGGCAGGCUCACGCACAUCAACACUACAUAUGUAAUACAGCUAUCAAAUGAGACGGAUGUAUUCUGUAUCUCAGAAGAAAGUCUGAAUAAGGAGUUUGGCUCGCUGGCUCUAAGCAAGUUGAAUUUUGACUCUACUUACACCGUUGUGGUUGCUGCCUCCAAUGAGCUAGGAAGUGUUUUUUCACAGCCGCUCGUCUUCAUGUUAAUAGACAUAGUGAAACCACAUCCUCCCAACUUUUUAGUGGAAUUUGAAAAUUCUUCUGCGACCAGCUGCACCUUUUUUUGGCAUGGUGAAGCACAAGCACAGCACUGCAGGCUGAGAUACCGUCCACUUACCAGGGACUCCUGGAGCAUGGUUGAAAGCUUGAACAGUGAGAAAUGCAGUCUCUAUGGUCUGGAGCCUCAUACAACCUAUGAGUUUCAGGUCAGCUGUAAAAUCCACCCUGAGCGAGGACUGUGGAGCAACUGGAGCACGUACCAAACCCAGACUCCAGAAGCAGCGCCAACCGGGCUCCCGGACAUCUGGUACCGACAGCAGGAUGUGGACUCUCAACAGCAGAACAUCUCCCUUUUCUGGAAGGCUUUGAGCAGGUCGGAGGCAGGAGGAACAAUCCUGCGGUACACAGUGACCUUCGAAGCCCUGCACCAGCAGAGACCCCUGGCAGAAGUGCACCUUACCAACCAAACCAGCUACGCCAGAGUCACGCCAAGGGUGGGCUACAAGAUAACUGUCACCGCUGAGAACUCAAAGGGCAGGUCUCCCCCUGCAUCCAUCGUGACCAACCUGGGCAUCCAGGACCUACCUCCUCCUCAGGAAGUCUCUGCCGUAGCCAUGGGAAAUAGCAGCAUCCUCAUCAGCUGGAAACCGCCCAUCAGAUCGACUGCGUCCAUCAGCGGAUACGUGGUGGAGUGGGCAGAAGCAGAGAGGAACACGCGCCCGGAGCCCCAUCCAGCCUGGGUAAAGCUUCCAGCCUCCAACCUGUCCACAGUGAUAGCAGAGCACAUAGAAGAUAACAUGUGCUAUCAGAUCAGCGUAUUUGCACUCUAUCAGGCCAGAGCUGGACAAGUGGCAUCAGUUAGGGGAUACUCAAGAGCAAAAGCACCAUUGACCGGGCCCCAGAUGUAUGCAACACCACGGGCAAACGGCAUCUUGGUUUCAUGGGAAGAAAUCCCUGCCCAUCAGCAAAUGGGCUGCAUCACAGGGUACCACAUAUACCUGCAGAAGAAGGACAGGGAGGAAGCCCCAGGCAUCUAUACCAUUUCCAACGCGACUGCCCAGCGCUCGCUGUACAUCGCCGACCUGCAGCCCGGUGAGCACUACGCCCUGUGGAUGACAGCAUCGACGGCUGCUGGAGAGGGGCCGUGGCGCAACAGCGAGCUCGUCUGCUUGGAAAGCGCUGGGGACUGGAUGACUGUUGUGCUUACCUGCAGCUUCUUCAUCUUCUCAGCCUGCAUUUGUUCUGUGCCACCAGCAAGAAAAGCAUUGCACUCGCUCCUCUCUGCACUUCUGCCGCAGUGGCAGAGCAAAGCCAUCCCUGACCCAGCUAAUGCCACGUGGGCCAAGAACUACAUGUCCACAAAGACCGAGCUGAGCUUGCCCUCCAGCCUGUUCCUGCACAGCGCCAGCAGCUUUGAAGAGCCCGAAACAAUGGAAGUAGAGGAAGCCUUCGUGGGGACCGAGCCCCUGGCCCUGCAGGGAAAGCUCCUUUACGAGCAGCAGCUUCCCGACCUCUACAAGAGGAUAGUGGUGGAGGUGACGGAGCACACGCAGACCAUUUCCGAGUACAUCGCCAACUCCGUCACCGACAAAGCUGCUGCGUACCUGCCCCCGGUUACAGACACUACCAACUACCACCCUGAACUCGAGUGCAAUCUGCUCUCCGUCUUCCCAACAACUUUUUUGACACCCAUUAUUUCUUAUGAAGGGAAUCUUACUUUGGAUAAGGUCAAAAUAAACCGCAGCUCUUUCACAAGGUAGGUGGUCAGGGUGAUGUAAGCCUGGCCCGAUUUUUUUGCACUUUACUAAUUUCAGUGUUUCAGAACAGCCAGUCCAGCAAGGCACACGUGACUCCUCUAAGUGACAAAAAAAACCCCAACUCACCAACCUUUCCAGCACUGCAAGUCACACCUCACUGUACAACACAGCAGCUCCUCAUCCACCAGCACGCUCAGGUAGAACUCAGGACAGAUCAGGAAUGUCAGGGCUGCAUGGCCUGGCUUUUGCAGAGGUUCAUUAAUUAAUUACUCCGACGCCUUCAUGCAGCCUGGGUUGCCUCAGGCCCCUGUCCGCCUGCCUGUUCCCAAGCGGCUCAGCCUGGCUUGGUCCCCCCCACCCAGGAAUCAGAGACAUGCUAACCAUCAUUCCAUCGCUUGCCCAGGAAGAGCAAGAAGUUAAUGCCCGGGUCAGACCUCAGCAUCCCAGCCCCAACGGGACCUUGGCUGCAGCCCUUGCUCCUCCAGCUGUGUGCAGCAGGUUAGCUGUACAGCACGGGGACAUCUGCGUCCCCUGGUGCCAAGCUUAAUGCCCGCCAGCCCACGGGCGGUAUUCCUCACUGCAGCCCCAGCACCAAGUCGCAUUGUCCCCAGUGACACCAGUGCUACAGCUCACAUGGGUACCAAUGGCCAUGGCUGCAGCAGGGCCAGCAGCUCAGCCAGUGCCAGCCUGCCUUCAUGGCUCAGCUCAGGAAAGGAGAAAUCCUCACCUGAAAUAAAAGCAACAGGCAGCGCGUGUACGCAGUAAGUCAAAUGGACUGGUGAGAAGAAUUUAAAUCAUUUAUUGACGUAUUCUAAUUACAGGUUUCAAGUAUGUGUUACACAUUUAAUGACUUUGUUUACUAUGUGUGUGUGUAUGUAUAUAUAAAUAAAAUGUUGGAAACCUGCAAUUUGUUCCCUGUUUUCUCUGGUCAAGCUCAAGUGCUAUGCUGCAGCUAUACACAGAAUAAGGUGUCUUUAAAAAUAAAGCCGAAGCAUUGCUGCUAGAAAUGAGGUAGUCCAGAUCUGAACUUACCUGGGGCAUCCUCCUCGUGCCCAGGAUCAGGCAGCUGCUCUCCAUCCACAGCUGGCUACACAAGCUGUUGAGCAUAAGCUGAUGAUGAAACCCUCCUGUGACACCACCAUCUCUGAGGACCUCCAUGAAGAGCUGUUAUCCUACUCGGUGAAGAAACGGCCCUCAGCAGCCCAGUCUCGGUCUUGCACAGCAGCGACAGAGAUGCACCUGCACCACAAGGCUGCUGCUACCUCAAGGCUUUCCCCACUGCCUUUUGCUUGAAGUGGAAAGCAACACGGGAGUGCUGGGUUAGGGAGAUCUCUGUUGGCUCGUUCCCCCAGCUCUGCUAUGUUACCUUCUACAGGAGCUCGUAAGUUCCUGUGCUGCCGAGCUGAAAGGCACUGCAGGACAAGCCCGUGACUUAAUAACCGGGCACACGCUGCCCUCCGAGCCAGCGCCAGACAGGCUGGGGUUAUUCACACCACUUGGCUUGCCGUGGUCUGUACCUCCAUCCAGACUGUGACACCACCUCUGCAGUGGGUGGGAGUCAAUGAAAAUACUUGUGUGCACUGGGUUUUAAGGUUUCUUAGGAACGUGAAAUUCAAACCCUGGCACCAGCUCUCCUCGCGUUCAGUUCUCAGUGACAUCUCUCUGCACUUCCCUGCAAUGCCCAGAGCAUUUGAUCAGCACGAGUGAUCACAAGCACCCUGGCUCUUCUCAAACCUUAGCAUUCCAGUCUUCUGUUUCGGUCUAUCGAAAACAACAUAAAACCACCAGCAAUGAUGUAGCUGUUGCUAGCUCACAGAUGCAUCUAUUCCUAGGAAGGAGAUGCGUCCUGGUAAAGGCAGAGUAGCUCGGCUGCCUGAGCAGCCCCCGGGCUCCAGCACACCACUUGCUGGACACCCACAAACCCCCCAGAUGGCCUGGCCUCGCUGCCUGGCCAAGACACCCUCAGUAGCUGGAGCCUGCAAUCAAAGCUGGGGGCAUGACAGUACCAUAAAAGUCGCUUCUCAGGGAUAAGGAACCAAGGUAGAGAAAGAGGCUGAAGACAGCUACUGCCCAGGAAACUGCUUUCCCAAAGCAGAGGGGAAACGUUGCGAGGAAGGGAGCAGGAGGAGCAGCACUAGAGGCAACAGCUCCGACGUGCCGCAGUCCGGCGAUCUCGCAGCGUGCAGCUGAGGGCUCCUCUGCAGCACAGAGACCGCUUCCGAGAUGCACGUCCUCACAGCUCGCCUGCGCUGGGUGCGCACGACAGCCAUUCCCCGCCACGCCAGCACAGGGAGCGCGGUGCCUGCGGCAGGACGCUGCCCACGACUGCCCCCAGACAUGCCAAGGGAUCCUUUGCGCAUUAUGGCUGCGGCAAGACUUAAAUUCUUCCUGUCAGGUAACUCUGCCAUCACUGGAGGAAGAGAAUACUUACCCGUACUGCCCAACCACUUCACGUGAGCUGACCACAUUCACGGCAGAAAUUGUGCACUGAAGGAAAACAAUUCCCAGAUGCGCCAGUAAAUGCACAUGACACAGCCUGUCGCUCCAGAGACAAGACACAGCACGCCAUCUGCCUCGCCAUGGCACCAGUGCAAGCAAUCUACGCCCCGUCCCCCCCCCCCUUCCUCCCACACUUUCAAUAGAGGUGUCAUAGCUGACAGGAUUUUUUGAUGUGCAGGCUCCCAAUAAAACCACCUGCAAGGAGGCUUUGCAGCAGCUCUGCAGUGCAGCCCUACUCAUGCCAUUACCAAAAAUUUAGUUUUGAGUUGUAUUUUGGGAUAGUAUUUCAAUCCUGGGACUUGUUUGCAUCCUCACUGCCACCUCCAAACCGGCCCAGGACCUCCAUAGUCCAGGUCACAACUCGGACAUGGAGCUGCUCAGACAGGACAGCAGGGGAAGAUGGACUUCCACGUGAAAACAGCUCUUAACAGCAGUCCACAAGUGAUCUGCAGAGCAGCUGCCCCUUUUAGCAUCUUCAUGGAAGUCUGACAAAGGUAAACAGUGGUUCACUGUUAAAAGGAAGCGCUGCACAAAAAAGCACGUAAGUAGCAAUGGCCAUCUUGUCCCGACGUGCUUCCCUCCCGCUCUGCACCGCUCCCCUGCAGGGGCCACGCAACCUCGCUGAGCCAGACAGACCUUCAGGCACUUUCUUAGGAGAAAGGACAGAAGCAAGACUUUUCACUGUCCUUCAUACAAGGCAACAGAAAUCCUGCAGUUUGUCCAGUACAAAUCACAAACACAACUGGGCAUGCUGGGCGUGUGCUAAUUCAAAUUGCUGAAUUGAAAGAUUUCAGUAAACCCAAUCCCAUAUCCAAUUUACCUUCAUUCCGUCCAGUAACUUUAUUUUAAGUACCUUCACCUCUUACUGGUAUGACGACCUUUACAGCAGUGCCUCACAGGUGAAAAUCAAACACACUCAUCAGCAACUACAGACAAGCUCAAUCCGUCGGGCAGCAAGCCAACACAAACCGACGCAGCCUCAGCUCUCACUGAACUGUCCACACACGGGCAUCAGCGCUGGCCCAGCUCACCUCCUCUCCUGCAGUGCACCCCUGCAAACCAACAGGCUCAAUGCUCCCUGCCAAAAUGGAAGACACAUCAACAGCUGUACAACUACCCAGAGCUGAGACACUGCAUACAGGUGAUAGCCACGUAGCACACCUCAAGUCCUCGCAUUUAUUUUCUUAUUUUGAAGUUGUAAUCACUCCUGAAAUAUAAAAAAAAAAAAAACCAAAACACCAAAAACCAAACCACAAACCCAAUCUGUAAGCUCCUACUUGCUUUCUCUCUUCCAGGGAAUGAAGCAACAGCAUGCUCCAACCCAUCUGCCAGAAACACCUGACCACAGGCAGUUCUGUGUGCCCUCCAACUUGAGCCAAGGUGCAUUAACCCCUGCAGCCCUGCAAGCUCCAGUCCUGGAGGAGAAGCAACCAGCCCGUGGGCUCCAGCCACACAGCCCAGCAAAGCGGGGGCAACCACCACUGCACUUCACUGCUAGGAGCAAACCCAAGGCCGCUUUCUCAGUAAGAGCUCAGAAAGUGAGAAUAGCUUUGUUAGUCUAUGUCCUCCUCUUGCACUGCAUUUUUCACUGCCAGGCAUUUCACUUGUGAAAGUAACGUACAUAAGGGAGACAAACUACACCCAGACCAGUCACUGGCAAGGCAGUGAAGCACCGUUCUCCAUGUCUGCACAAAGCCACCCACACCAUCCGCUACACAAAGUGUGCAACAUUUUUUGCAAAGUACCAGCUCUGGCAUUUUGGUUUUUGGGUCUAGCGGCUGGUUCCAAGGCUUGGUCUCCAGUCUGGUACACAGACAUUCCCCGCCUUGAAGACUGGCUUGGUGUCACUCAAAGGCAAACAUUUCACUUGAACUUGGGCCAGACAUCCAAGGCAACAGAACUCCAUUUUUGUGCUCUUCAUACACAAUCUGGCAACCACCCCGCCAAGAGGAUUCUGGCUGGGCAUCACAGACAAAUCAGUCCCUCAAGUCAGCUGCACACAACCAAAUUAGAUUCCCAUUGCCAAAAAAAGUUAUUUAAAAAAGGCAAAAAGAGCACUAUUUUGUCAUUCACUUAUUUCUGCAUAUUGAUCUUCAACGUAUGGACAACAGAACACUAGACCACAUUUCCUCCUGGCUCUUCAAGUCUCUAGGUAAAUUGCCCUGUGGGGCUUCACACAAAGUCUUACUCCAACUUCAAGAGACAAACAGCAUCAUCAGUAAGACAACAACCGAGCUUUCAUAACUUCUACCUGAAAGUCUCCCAGUGAGGGCAAAUGAGCCAUUUUCCCCACAGCCAGCUUACACCCCCCCAGGGAGAAUACUACAUUUGGCUUUUCUAGCACAGCACCCAGCGCAGCGGGGGAUUUGCCGACGACUGCAUCGGGGCACUCGGCACUUGCUCAAACACACCCUGAGCCUGGCCAGGAGGCUGUUACCUGGCAAAGGCAGACCAGAACGGAAGUACAAAAUGAAGGUAACACGGUCCUUGUAACGAUUUUAGAAAAGAAGCAGGUUAGCAAAUGCUGGAAGUGUCAGCUUUAGGCAGAUGUCCUGCGUUUAUUAAAACAAGAGACAUGGCUAUGCAAACCAAUGUCCAUGGGCAAAGAGUCAUUACAGGUAAGAGUGAUCUCAACUCCUUGAGCUGCAAACACCAUAUAUUCACACUGACUUCUGAUGUUUCAGAAGAAUUUAUGCCCUUUCCCACACAGCUAACACUUGCAUUUAUUCAUCAGUCUUGUUUCCUCCCAGCAUCAGCGGCAUUCACUCUGUAAGAUGAACUUUCAUGCUCAAACCUUGCCAUCAUUACAUUCUAAAGCCAAUUAGCACCCUGUACUUCUCUGUUUCUCUCCAACUUUUUCUGCUGACCAUCUUUUUCAAAUUUUUCAGAUUUUAAAAGGUCUAGUCCUCUGGAUUUGGCAUGACAGCAAAAGUAGCAAGCAAGAGGACAGAAAGUGUUACUAAAGAGCAAGCUCAUUAAUUUUAAAUAGGCUACUAGGGAGACAUUUUCCCAAGGCAAAGUCCGUUCCUGGCAAUGGAAAUGCCUGGGCACCAUCGCUACAGGCAGACUGGACCACUUGGGGCAAAACCUACAUGAGAUGCUAUUCAUCUAAGUGGUUUCAUCUCCAUGUGUUUUCAUGACAUUUUUAAAAGAGCAUGAAAAUAAACCUUUAUUUCAGUUAACACCCACCAAUAUUAAAGAUAUAUGUUCACAGUUUUAGCUCUUGACACAAAUGGACUGAAAGAGGCAAAUUUACAUCUGUCAGAACAGCAGACGGACCAACUGCAAGUACAAGCCGUCUUGAAAAUCCUAUGUGAGAUGCCAUUCAGGAAACUGCUCUGUGCUCUAAAGCAGGAGAAGGAAAAGGUUCUGACCAAGUCCAGCUAGCAGGGCCCCAAACAACUGACUGGCUAGCCCAGAAGUCAUCUGGAAAAAAAGCUGAGUGGCAACUUGGAAGCAGCAAAUAUACAGUUUGGAUAAGGGGAGCACGGUUAAUGUUACAGAGAAAGCUUUUCCGCAAGUGUGUUUCUGCAUAUCAAGGCAUUCAUUUAACUGCAUUAUCCAAGCUGUCCCCAACGCUGAAGCUGCAACACAUUCUACCAAACCACAAAGGCAGAGGGAAGAGGAACAACUCAGUGCUGGACCUCCAACAGCCCCCACACUGAGCACCUGUGUAAGAUCUGCUUAGAGUCAGGAGAAAGGAACCAAGAGAUUUUACCAUCCACUGUUUGAAAACUUGCCUCCUUCUCACAGCCUGGAACUUUAAACUAUAGGUGAGUGCACUAAAGUCUAAUCCAAUGAUAUUAACAGUGGUUUACAACAAAAACUUCUGUAGAAAAUAGUUCAGAUAAAGCAAGCCAGCUAAACACCACAAUUAAGGAGUUUGAUACUUCAUAUUCAAAGGUCUCCGAUACUUUUUGCCUGUCCUGUACAGCUUUUAAAAAAAUAGGGCAUUACCUUUUGUUUUCUAUCUACCUAGUUAAGAAACUACAAAUAUGUUAUAAGCUGUCCAAAGAGUAAAACAUUAAAUAAAAUGAGAAACCUGUUUCUACUCUCCUAACAAAUGCUGCAGACAAAAACCCUAAGAAACCCUCUUCAUGCGUCAUUCUCUCAACUCCUUUUGUGUACUGAAGUGGUAAUCCUGUUCACAGGGAUUAAAUUAAACCUAUGGCAAAUUUCUAUGGGGGUAGAAAGGGUUUCUUACAAUCACACUCUGAAAAACAUUCAUUUGUCAGCUAGCAAUUGGAUCUCAAACCCUGCACAAAUCCAGAACAAAACUUUGACAGAGAGGUUAAGCGUUGGGGUUUUGUUUUGCAUCUUUCUGCUGUAUUGCACACAGAUUGCAACAUCCCUGUCUGAAACGGUAAGGCAGAACUCCCUCCUGCCAGACCCAGCCAAGGCCUGUGGUUUCUUCUUCAGACCUGCCACCAUCAGUGCAGUGCUGCGAAUGCAGCAGGUAUUGACAUACUCGUGUCUAACAAACUGUGCUGCUAAAUUCCACAUCCCAGCUGGAGUCCGGACGGACUACCGGAGCAACAGCUACCACCUUCCCCCACCUCCCAGCUCCAACAACAGGAAAGGUUACUCCAAUCUACAGGGCACCCUCUCAAACAAAAAGUGUAGGUAAUUUAAAAACAUAUUUUUUUUUUUUUUUGGCCAAGAAAGCAUCUUGUUUUGUUGAAGGGAAGAGGAGGGAAUAAAGGUAAAAAGGGUGAGUGAAAGGUGUAAUACAUUAAUUUUAAAAAACUGUUUAGACCGAUUAUCCACACAUCACUGCUGGAUCAAUACACAGGUAUUUAACUAUAAACCAAUGUGCUUUGAAUCUUUUUCAAGUAUCUGGUAUCAAUUUUGUAUAAAGAUUUUGUGUAAACAAACUACCAAACAUAGAUGAAAAAUGACUGUUUUUCCAAGUCUGAAAUUAAGCAUUAAAACUAAAGUACUCCAGGAGUUAGUAUUCCACACAGCACUAACAGUCUGCCAAAUUAAAACUUCACAUAUUCCAAAAGACCACGGGCUGAUAAAAAUCUGCUAAACAGGAAUUAAGGAAACGGAAAU